AUGAGAGAAAUGAACCGCUGGGGUGUGGACGAUACGUCGCCAGUCCGAUCCACCAAACCGGACCACAGUCUAAGAAGCCUAUCACUUACUCCAGAACGAGGACGACAGGAAUCCAAAGAUCAACCAGCACCGUUUCGAUCAGAAAUUGAACCUCAUGAUGAUGCUGAUUGCGUUCCGCCACAACCACAUACGAUCCGCUCUGGUGUCAAGACUCGUGAGGUUAUUAAGCGUCACUGUCGUACGCGUUCCAGAUCUCUUGAUAUACUUUUCUCUUCAGGCAAUGACGAUAUCGCGCCCAGCAAACCGAAACGUGUGCUGUCCAAAAGGAAUGUUUUCAGACAGGAAGGAGGAAACAAAGAAGUCGGCCACCGCCGUAUGCGAUCUAGAUCUCUUCAUUUGCACAUGGAUUCCAUCUUUGCCAUUGCAACUUGCGAAAAGUCACGGGGCAUGUGUGAGCCUCCUCCGUCCUUGACGAAGAGUCCACCACAAGAUCGAGAAUCAGCAGAAACCAAGCACAAAGCAAGUGGUAAUAAAAAGAGAAAUCUACACCGGCGUACACGUUCCAGGAGUCUUGAUUUGAACUUGUUGAACGCCUCCAAUCUACUCACUACUAAUCCAACCUGUGAAAAUCCGAGUGAUCUAUGUUACCCUACUCCAUCCUGGAUGGAAAAUCUGUCCAUGCAGAAAUUCCCCAACACAAGAGGUAGGAGAAAUAGUAGUAGCAAUCACCGCGGUAAGCGAUCCAGAUCUAUUGUGAAACGCGAUCUCCCACCAUCCCCCCCAGACCGUCGCGACAGUCACAAAAUACCGGAUGCUGCAUUGCCAACUGAAAGCUCAAACACCGAAACGAAACUAGGGGACCAACGAACAGAUAUGUGCAUUGCUCCCUCAUUCCCUCAACGUGAGCUACUGAGGAGGAUCAGUUCCUUAACCAUGGAUAAUUCGCUUCGUUGUCAACGACGCACUGGGGCCCCUGUAGUGGUGGUCGAUACUGAUGCUCGCCAUGUGAGGAGAAUCAGUUCCCUAAGCAUGGACGAUUCGCUUCGUCAAAAACGCACUUUGGGCCCCGUGGUGGUGGCUGAUACUGCUCACCAUGUGAGGAAGAUCAGUUCUCUAACCAUGGACGAAUCCCUUCGUCAAAAACUGACUGUGGUGGUUGAUGCUGUUGAACCAAAUCCACGAAAUGCUCAUAUUGCCGAAUCUACUAAUCCACAAAAUACUGAUGCUACUGACCCUAUUCCACAAAAGACUGUGCGCGAAGAUCAGGAUCCGCAUCUUGAAGAAACGAAUGGACAUGUGCAAAAGUUCCCAUUGGUGGUUAUGCCACUCGAGGAAGAGAAACGUGGGGACGAAUCUUUUGAAUAUGAAACCUCAAACGGUCCUCUGUCGGCCCAUCAAGAAGGGAAGGAGAACGAAUCCUCCGAGUUUGAAACCUCAAAGGCUUCCCUUUCGCUCCACCAAGAAAUCCAAGCAAAAGAAAAGGAGCAGUCAGCACUGCCACCUCCUCCGCCACCUCCCACCAGGAGAUACACGCCGCCAAGUCCGCUCUGCUUCAUGGAGACUCAUUCCAGAAUUAGUCCUCGAUUGAAGUACAAUCGAAAGAACAAGACUAACAAACCCAAGCUAUCACCAUUCGCUUACAGCAUAAGGAAACAAUAUCUGGCUGCUUCACAACGAUACGAAGAAUCAAAGGAGGCUCCUCCUGCUCCUACAAAGUCACCAAGAAGCAGCAUGGACUCCAUGUCGCAUGACAUGUGGUUGCUGGCCGACCGAACGUCAGCAUCAGCGACUCAGUACGACGAGACUUUCGACGGAGAAUUAUCUGGGGAUUUCUCCAGCCAGCCCCAUGACACCAACAAGCACGAGAGCGUCAAGCCAUCCAGCCUCCAAUCCCAAGUCUCACGAAAGUCGAGUGGAAGCGACAGGAAUAGGUUCCGCAAGCCACCCUUUCCAUUGCAAACAGUCUCCACAUUUCUAAUGGGCUGGAAGGCAAAAAAAUGA